GCCCCCGAGCUGCCCGACCCCCAUCAUCACCCGCUACCUUCCCACGCCAUCCCCCUCCCCAAGCAACCAAGCAACCAAGCCAGAACCCCAACCAAGCCAACCGACCAUCAGCUUUAACAACAUCCCCGCCCUUAUUUCCUGCGCGAUCGAUCAUCCAAUACCCCCCCGGCACCACACCUCACAUCCUCCUUCCUGGAGGGUAUACCAUCGGUUGUAACUCUGCUCGCACGGCGCCUCUCGUCCUCAUUCAGCGAGGUGCAGAUCCGUCCCCUGGCUCCUCGGCAAGCCACCGUCGCUUCAUCCUGUGUAGCCUUCCCGGAUCUCACCACAUUUCGAUUCCCUGGAAGACGAUCCACCGCGUCUCUGUCAUCCCGUCACAUUCCUACGGACCAGAGAGCCCCUAGACAGCAACCAAACAGCCACCAUCACUAGGCGAAAGCAAGAAAGCCCACCACCACCACUACCACCACCACCCCGGUAUAGCAGGGGGAAAAAAGCAAAGAAAGCAAGCAGGCCGGGCUUUGGCCGUUGCCUGCCGUCUGCCCCCCUUUCGUUCCGAGUCCUCCCUGUCUGACAAAAACGACCGGGCACCGGAACUGGCGCCCCCACCCCCAUCUCGGGCACCCGUCUCCCUCCACUGCAACAAGCCGCCGCUCGGCUUAGCUUUGUUUUUAUUUUAUUCAUAGCACUAGCCGGCCUUUGGUAAUUUUCAAACGGCCGCUCUUCCAAGUACCCCUUCCCCUCCUGACCCUGUCCUACCACACACACCCACGCACCUUCCUCCCCUCCAGCUUUAUUAUAAUAUCUGGACGACGGGCCUCGGUCUCCCUUUGCCAGCCCUCCGCCAUGCUGUCCAUCCACCCGCAAGACAUCCCACACCACUACAGCCACAGCCACUCAUUACGCACCCUCUCUUACCCGCCGCCGGACCAGAUGCCAUACCUCACUCACUUCAGCAUGGCCGCCGGCGCCGCCACGGCACAGGAGAAGGCGCAACAACAAACACAACACCAACACCAUCGCCGCCAGCAGGAGCCCCAGGACACGUCGGUUGCGCAGGCCCUCGAGGUCGCGCGCGAAAGCCCAGACGGCGCGCGGGACCCCACCGUAGCCAGCAUCCUUGAGACAGCCCUCACCCAGCUGUGGUCAAAGGUCGAGUCCCAGCCCGACAGCUACGUCCUGACGCGCGACGAGUUCGCCGUCUUCAACUACUUCCAGCACCGCUUCAUGGACAACAAGCUGGCCACCGCCGCCCGCAGGCGGUACUGGGACAACACCAGCGCAUAGCACCUUGGAGCAUCGUCACUGGGUCUAUAACAACGCCUUCCAGUCGACACCUUUUACUUCUAUUUUAUUUAAUAGAACCAUACACGAGCAACUUGGGGG